CACCAAGGGGGCCUCCCGAGGAAGAUAUAUGGAGGUAUUUCCACCACCCGAGCUCGCCAGUCGCCAUAGAACUCGCAGGAAUUCGGCCGUGGAGGUGCUCGAUGAGAUUCGGGUACCCUGGCAUCCCCGUCGCUCCAGACAAUGCCUGUCUCGCGUGACAGACGACGGAUGGCUCAGAGCGAGGUUGCCGAACCGAUUACCGCUUCCACCGCCUGAUCGAAGGACCAUGAGAGGGUAGGAUCUUUCCAGCCGCGCCACUACUCGCCGUCAAGAUGAGCGCCGGCCCGGCAGGCGUCGCCGAUCUGGUUUACUUGCUGGAGUCGAACAAGCUCGAGGAGGUCGAGGAGAUCAAGAAGGUGUUCCACGAUCAUUUCUUAUGCACAAAGGAUAAUUGGCUGGUAAAUGGAUUGCUUGACUAUUAUCUCUCGACCAACUCUCUGAGAACAGCGGAGGUAUUAGCGGGAGUGCGGGAUCCGCACGAUAAACAUCUGUUGGACCGUUUGUCGGACGUCCUUUCGAAACCUGGCAAUAGUGGACAGAGAAUACAGGCGCUGACGUUGCUUGGGCAUAUAGCCAGGCGUCAGCCCACUUGGUUGUACAAGCUAGCCAGUCAUGCUUUAUUCAGAGAUCUACUCAAAUUACUUAAGUUUUACAAGACUGUAUUUUUCAAGGUGGAGGCAGAUAUAUUACCACUUAUGAGUGCCCUUCUUCUGUUAGUAAUGUUGUUACCAAUGUUACCCGCUGCUCUAGGGCCGUAUCUACCAGAAAUAUUUGAGGUAUUCGGCCGCUUGGCCUCUUAUUAUCAUCAUCAUCAAUCGCCUUUACUUUCUCCUUCUUUUACUCCGACCACAGCACCAAGUCUCAUCGACAAGGACCACUUGUACCUCAUACAUUUGCAGGUAGGACUAUACGGCUUAUUUCAUAGACUGUACGCGAUGUAUCCCUGCAAUUUUAUAUCAUACCUGAAGCAACAGUACGUUCUGCGCGAACAAUUGGCCACGUUUACUCACACUAUUCGACCCAUGCUGGACUCCGUGCGUAUGCAUCCUUCUCUGGUCACAGCGUCCAAGGAUGCGGAAAUUUCAGCCACCAGGUGGAAGAAGAUGGAGCAUCACGACGUUGUGAUAGAAUGCGGCCGUUUUACGUUAGAUAAAUGCCGGGAGGAUAUUUUAGGUGCAGUCAACUCCCGGUGCACCCCGCCUCUAGAUCAAUCCUCCGUCGCUUGUGCGCCGAUAAACAUUUGCGGGGGAGUAACGAGCAUGGAGAUUAGCAACGAGGAGGACGAUUCGUUCUGGUCACCGAGCAUGACAGUGCCGCCGCAUAGCCCGGCGCAAACUGGCUCUCUCGAGUCGCGCUCCGCCCCGCCGACGCCUAAUAACAAUAGAAGCGGCACCUCCCCGCCCGAGGCCGCCAUAGAAGCCACCCCCGAAACGACGCCCGUUAAGGAUCUACGAAAAUUAUCAACGAGACAAGCGCCUCUGGGAUCUAGCGCUGUGCGCGCUCUAAACGCCUUGGGCAACGGGACAUCUUCCCGGCCCUCGACGCCGACUCCUAUGAAUUCAUCUUCUGUCUCCGGAGUGAAAGGCACAGACGUGGCGAGUGCGCAUGGAUUUCUCUCGAAUAGGCUAAAUAAAAUUAUGACCGAGAGACAAAACGUUCUUCAGUUACAAAAGUCAGUAAUCAGUAGCGGCGAGGAGAAUGGACGGCUCUUAGAAAUGGCUAUAAGUCAAAAUGGGAAGAAUGAUUCUUGGCAGGAGGACCAAGAGGUGCUGGAGAUUGUCAGUUCGCACGGAAACGGAGCGGUCGAGAUGCCAAAGUAUGUAGAGGCACAGUCUGAGGCACGAAACGAGAGGAGCACGUACGGCGCGCUGUCCGAUUUGUCGCAAAAGAUUUAUCAACUCCGGCUGUACUCACAAUGCCAUUUCCCGAUGGAGGACUCCAAUUCAAACGUAACGCACAAAAUUCGACACUCCAGAUCGUGUCCGGACAUGGAAAUGCAGAGGAAAUGCUACAGUGAGGAUAUGACGGAUCAAGCGCUAACAGGAGCGAAGAGGCGCGAGGAUACGGGCAGUCAGACGUGCGAUCUGUUUCCAUACGAGCAUCUGCUGCUAGGGAUGCUGGAUCAGAACAGCCAAAACUUUAGUCAAGAAAGUUCUGAUUUGAGAAUGUCGCCAAUCAGCAUGCUCGAUCGGUAUAUCGAGGCUUGCACAAGAACAAAUAGCUUCUUUAGUAAAACGAGGGCAAACGGUACCAGGCAGAAGCAGAAGAAGAAAGGGGAGGAGGAUGCUGAAGAAGACGGAGGGGAAGACGAUGGUGUAGAUCCGUCUUGCGCUAAUCAAUCGCUUCAACUUAUGCAAAUGCAACUGCAAUUCGAGCGGCAGCGACGGGAGGUCCAUGCUGAGCGUAAUCGGCGUCUGCUCGGUAAACUAAGAGACUCGCGGGCUUCGGAAGAGCAUAAUCUCGCUCUGACUGAGCGUUUAAAAAUGAUCGAGAAAGAAGUGGAUGAAUUGAAAACGCAAUUGGAGCGUAAUAAAAGGGAAACGCAACAAGCUGAGGAACAAUACAAGGAAGCUAUGCAUCAUUGGCAAACUAAAUGCGUCGAAGAGCAGCGACAAAGUCACGUGUUUAAAGAUCGCCUAGAGAGCCUAGAGUUGGAAUUAAAAAGCGAACAAAAGAAGGCGGCUGAAGCGCAGCAACAACUUCGUUCUGUCGAAGCGGAACUUUUCAAUGCGGGACACCAGCUUAAAGCAGCGUUAAAGGCCGCGGACCGUGGCAAAGAACUGGAAUGCAUUGUGGAUACCAUGCAAAAGAAAUUUGUGCUUUUAGGGGAGGCGCAAUUAAAAUUAGAAGAAAACACAGGUACUCUCUCACCGACAACCAAGCAAGAAACGGCGCUGAUUCAAAAAUCAUGUACAGAAGAGUUAAACAAUAUUCGGCGACAGUUGGAAUCACGAUCGUCGCAUUUGGAAGCCCUAAAAGCACGCUUGAGCGAAUUAGAAAAUAAGGAGGCGCGCAAGGAGACGCAACUAGUGAACCUGCAACGGUUUCUGCAGGAAACGAAGGAGCAACACGCGUCUGAACUGGAUUCGGUCGAAUCCAAGUAUCGAGCGCAAGUGGAGAUCAAUCUUCUUCUAGAAGGCCGUAUACUCGAGCUUCACGGUAAAUUGGAGACCGCGACAUACUCAAACACCUCGCCCAUGGGUAAUCCCGCUUCCUCGGCAUCGCCUAAGGAACGAUCUCCGCCUCUUUCGACCAGCUUAGCUUCGUCCAGCGAGGGCAGCCUCGCGUUCAUCCAUCCGGGCGCCGGGAUCAUAAUGAACGAUUGCUGCGACACCGCGACUGGCGAGAUCCCCAACCUGCAAGCUAUGAUAGAGCCUAUACCGAGUAGCAGUCAAACCACCUCACCAUUACGCUCCGUCGCUCAACGUUCGUCGACGCCGAAACAAGAUUAACGCCACGGAAAUGUUUACCGCGAUGCGAGUCUCCCGUGUACCGCCGACAGACGAUACAUGGGUUCAUUAUCGAGGAUUAUAAAUGCGAAUGCCCUGCGAUCAUUACUUAGUGUCGCGGUACGAAUGGAAAGAAAGUUAUUUGUAGCUUUUUAUCGAUAGAGUAGACGAGAUUCGUAAGGAAGUUGUGCUAAUCGACUGAUUGCGAUCGAACAGGCAUGCUAUGUUUGUUAGUGUUGGUAUAUCUCCGUUCUUGGAAAAAAUGGAUUCACAGUGAAUAAAUGGUUGAGAUAUUUUGCUGA